CCUCAAAAAAACUCCUAAACUCUCAAAAUCGAAUAUUUCUCUGAAACAAAAUAAAACAAAUAAUUAAAAAAGCGCAACCAUCGCUACCCUCGGGGUGUUGAGCGUCUCGUGUUACGCCACUGAUCGUGAAUCAGAGGGCAAUGCAUGUCGAGUUAGCGUACGUGAGCGAGUUCGACCACCCUAACAUUCCUCCCUAACACAGUGUGGCUGUGAUUAAAGUAUAGGUGUGGUAGUGUCGGGCGUCGUUCGAAUUAAACGGAGCAAUACAUCGUUCAACCACCCCUUCACUGGCAAGCGGGUGGAAACGACAACGUGUUAGUGACUCUGUGGGUGUACACGGGCACCGAUUGCUGGUGGUAGGCAGGUAACACGAAGGUAAAUCGGUGAAAUGGCAGUGGUGGUGAACGAUCGUGUCAGAGGGCAAUGGAUGAAGUUAGUCAGUCGGCGUUUGCUCGCGCCGCUACCACGAUGGAAGUUCAUCCAUCGCGCUUACGUUUCGAUCUUUCGUAUGAAUCGUAAACGGGUCGAAAUGUAGCCUCAGCGGCGAUUGCCAACAUCGGAAUGUCAGGGUCCGAGAAACCGAUCAGACCGAUCAGACAAUUGUCCUUGCAACCACCUGCGCCUCGUCGUCAACAAAUUAGGCGACAAAGAUCCGCGGAGGAUGACAAAUCGUUGCAAAUCUGCGCGAGUCCCUUUGCACGUGGCAAGCGUGGAACGAGCGGUAAACCCGGCUCUGAGAGACCUAAGGUUCGCGUUGCCUGGAAGGAAAACCGCCAAAAGAAUGACGAAGUACUUGGGCAAGUUGAAGUGGUGGCUCGUCAAAUUCCUGGACGAUCCAAAUCGACCACUGGAAGGUCAAGGGGUUUCGUCGGGAUCGACAAACCAACGAUCCUUUAUUCGAGAUUAGAAUUGGCCGAGAGGCUGAGGCUUGCUUGGAAAAGUCGCGAGAAGAAUAAAGCCAACAUUAACAUUUUUCUUGCCCGUGAAACUGUGGACGAAAGAUGCGAGUCUGAGAUGUCCAAUCAUUCUACGACCAGUGUCCCAUCGUCUCCUGUACGAGAAAGCAACGAGGCUAAAAUCGAAAUACCUCUUAAUGACUAUAAAAUGCUGGACGAGAAAGAAGAAAAAGAAGAGGAGAAACUUGUGGAAAAGGAACAAUCGAACGAGGAAACAUCGAGGGACUCGAACAUCGACGAUACCAAUACGAAGAAAAAGUCGUCGGCAAAUAUCGACUGUUCGCAUUAUCGCAUUGCAAAUACAACGUUACCGUCGAUCAAAGCCGAAAACUCGACCUUGGCAGUUACGAAAGUGUCGAAGGAGGAUUUUUCAUCGGCGAAGCAAAAGCGUGCGAGCUUUCAUAGCGGUACCAACCGAGCCUUCCUCGACCCAAUUAGAUCGCCAACGGAGUUCAAAUGGAAUUCUAUGUCGGAUAAAAACGUACCACAAAAAUCGUCGAUCGAUGAUCGUACCGUUAUAGACAAAGAUACUUCAGCUCGAGCGAUCGUACAGAGCAAAGAGAAUGUUACGAACAAAAGGGGCGCGUCGGAGGAAAACCUGAUCGAGUUUCGCUGUGAUUUGGCCAGCGAGAAGGGAGUAACGCAAAAGAUGGCUACAAAUAGUAAAUUGAUUCGCGUAACUGAGAAAAACGCGCGGGUUAAAGCGAUGAUCGAAAGCAAAGAAGCUUCGGUAGACGAUAAAACAAUGACGAUCCAGAGAACAAAGGAGGCGGAUCGAUUUAAUUUGAUUAAAAAGACUCUAACGACUAGCACCGUAACCGAGGACAAAGAUAGUUCUACGAUCGACAAAGCUACGUUCUCGAGAAAUUCGUCGGAAGUGAGAUGUAGCUCGGUGAACGAAAGGAAUCCACCUUCGAGGAAGACGAUGGAAAACCAGAAGAUCGAUCGAAAAUCGAGAAGGACCAGUUCUGCGCCUCCGCAACGACGUUUUGAAUCAACUUCGGCGAAUAAUCGCGUUCAGGUUAACAUAGUGAUUGAUUCAUCGGGGAAGAACAAGAAUCAGGGCAAACAAGAUGUGGAGUGUAAAGAUAACGCGAUGGAAAAAAUAGAUAUGACUUUGACGAAGAUAUCGUCAAAUCGAGCGGUGAGAUCGGCGCCAUCGAAGAGGCGAUCCAGAAGCGCGAAAAGACGCUUUUGGGGAGGAAGUAACUCGAAACACGAAGAAGAUGGAAAAUCACGGAAUAAAUCGGCUGGCCGUGUAAGGAAUUCGAUCGAUUCCAAAACCAUGGACAUCGUUACAAUGGUAUCCCUUGUUAGCUCUGCAGACAGCGAUAGCGAUACAGAGAAUUCACCCAGGGAAGAUAAGUUGAUCGACGAGCUACGCAGCAAACUACCUACUACAUCAAUUAUUAAAACUUCGAUUAAUUCGGCUUUGAGUAGUACAGGAAAAUCUAUCAAAUCAGUUUCCUUUCAGAAUUCCUUCGACGAGGAUGCUUCACCGAAAGAGCAACAACUGUCGUCGAGGGAGGAGAAAAAAACGACACAACCGAGGCUGGCGAUCGUUAACCAACGUGGAAACGGAACGACUUCGUCGAGCGAGGAAACAAUGUCCUGGAGAACGGACGUUACCGGCGGUUUAGCUUUGCCUAUUCUGGCAUUGAUUCACGACGUCGAGGAGCCGCUCGACGUCCCGUUGACUGAUCGUGAAAAGAGAUGCCUGGCCGUGCCUAUUGGUGAUCUACACGAUAAAAAACGGAAAUUACUAAAAUCUCGUAGCACGCCAUCACGAUCUGGAAUGGAGAGACAAACGACAUCCUUAAAAAUAAAAAUGCACGAGUCGCCGAGGUUAAUCCCACAGAAAAUGGAGAUUCCCGCGCGACAAAUUAAAACAUCCAUAAAUAAUUCCACCGCGAAUGUAAAAUCUGCACUCGCACCACCUCCAAAGGAAACUCUUCAACAUGUGCAAUCUAUGUCUACAGAACCACACUUUCAAACCAAUAAAGAAAAAGAAUGUUGGCAUCUUUAUAAGAAAAUGUGCGACAAAGGCGUUUGCGUUUCUUUUGAUACGGUUUUAAGGGGCAUGCUUACACCAACAGAAUAUCGAUUAAGACAGAAAAAAGUUUCACAAAAUUUGUAACAGCAUCAUCGAUGGCAAGAUUCUUUUUUUAUAAACUGUUGUAGUACUUUUGUAUGAAAUCGCCUAAUCGUUUAUUAUUUUUAUCUAAAACAUGGAUUUAAGAAAAGUAGCAUUGAUACACGUUAAAACAAGACGAUCAAAAUCGUAUAGCGAUCUAACCUCGUAGUUGAUAAUAUACUGUAUUUUUAGAGUUUAGAUACGAGUCGAAUAAAGUGUAAUUAAAUUACAUCUCGUAAAUUUACGAGAGAUUCACCUAUCUAACAAAUAAAAUGUUUGAAUUGGUUCUGUUGAAUUUUAGAUGUAUAUGCAUAUCAACUGCCUAUUUUUUUAGAGUAUUUAUCGACAUAUAUGAACACACAACAAUGUUUCAGGAAAUAAAUUAAGAUGAAAAAAAGAGAUUUAUGAAACGAAGUUAAAUAUUACAAAUAUAGUAAAAAGUCACGUCACUACUAUUGAUUAUUAUAGGAAUUAAAAUACAUAAGAACUCACAAACUCAAAACAAAGUUGAUUAUUUUGUAUAAUAUUUAUAACUUGUUUCUUUGUAUGAAAAUGUAUAGCUGAAUAAAAUGUAUAGAUAAAUUAUCUUAAUCAUUUAAAA